CUCAUAGUUUAGGAUGUUUAGAUGGGUGAUUAACACAUGUUGUCGAAUCUUUUGAGGUAUAAAGUAUAUGUUUCACCCACUUUUCAGCUAUUUUUUAGAGUUAACAAGUUUGUCGGAGUUUUGAUGCAAGAACAGGUCUAAAACGGGCAAAACGGAGCGAACGGGCUGACCACAGAAUGUUCGCCCGACCGGGCGAAUUUCAUAUAAAAAACGCCCGGUCGGGCGAAGAAAACAGAAAGUUCGCCCGACCGGGCGUUUUUCAUCCAACAAAACGCCCGACCGGGCGUUUGAAGCCUCAUCGCGAUUUACCCAGAUCGCCCGACCGGGCAUAUUCCGACUUACAGAUCGCCCGACCGGGCGAUUUGUCGCUGUUGCCAACUUUGCCUCUUUCUUACUCCGGAUAUAAAAGGGUUCUCACUCAUUUCCAAACCCUAACUCCCACACCACGAAUCUUAGCAAGAAAGUAAGGUUUUGAGAGGAUUUGAAGUCAAGGAGCUUCCCAUUUCCAAGAGAUUGGAGGAAGGAGACCCCCCACCAUCAAUUCCACCAUAGGGAGUUCUAGUUUUUAUGCUCACGCGCUCAAGUCGUUUACCCCUUGAGCCGAUUAAUUUAGAGAUAGAAGCCGCCAAUAGAAGAAGAGGAGGACGAAGGAGAAGAGCAAGAGCUCAACAUCAAGUUGAGCCAAUGGAAAAUCCACAUGGGAACAAUGAGGGAAUUCCCCCUCCACCUCCACCUCCAUUAAAUCAAGACCAAAUCAUUCUCCAACUACAACAAGAAAUGGCGGAGAUGAGAAGGGAAAGAGAGGAGGAAAGGAGGCGAGAGGCUCCGGUUAGAGACGCAUUUGGGAACGUCAAUAUCCCACAUCCACCCUAUGAUACAAGGGUGAAUGCCAACAAUUUUGAGUUGAAGACAGGAUUGAUUCAAUUUGUGGAGCAACGUGUUUUCUCGGGAAGGCCCACGGAGGAUCCUAAUAGGCACUUAUCUAAAUUCUUAGAGAUUGCCAAUACAACUAAGCUUAAUGGGGUUCCCGACGAUACAAUCAAACUUAGGCUAUUUCCAUUCUCAUUGUCGGGAUAUGCUAGAGAUUGGUUUGAUAACCUUGAGCCGGGCUCGGUUACAAGUUGGGACGACUUAGCCCAAAAGUUUUUGGAUCGAUUCUUCCCUCUAAGCUCCACUCUCAACCUCCAAGCAGAGAUCUCCCACUUUAAAAUGAAGGGCCAAGAGUCUAUGUUCGAGGCUUGGGAGAGAUUCAACGCCUUGCUAAAGAAAUGCCCCAACCAUGGGUUAUCUCCGGGCCAUCAAGUGAGCCUCUUCUACAAUGGAUGCUCGGAGUUUAUCAAGAGUCAAUUAGACUUUGGUUCGGGGGGUUCAUUCUUGGACAAGGGGGUCGAGGAGUGCAAGAAGAUGCUUCAAAGGCUUGCCUAUACUAGCAAGGGUUGGAGCUCGGGCCGAGAUAGUUCAAUGCCGGUGGCUUCGGUUGUGGAUUCGGAUGCAUUCAAUCUUCUCAACCAACAAAUGAUGUUGUUGAAUCAAAAGGUGGAUGGCCUUAGUUUGGGAGUGGCACCUAUGGGAGAGCCUUUACAUACCGUGGAAGAUGUCAAUUAUGUGCAUCAAGGAGGGAAUCAAAGGAACUUCUACAACUAUCGCCCUAACAAUGGGGGUGGUAAUUACCAAGGCUAUCGCUCACCCUUCAAUGCACAUCCAAACCUUUCUUAUGGCAAUCCAAACAAUGCUAUCCAACCACCUCCACCACCUCGUUUCCCUACACCUAGUGGGUCGACAAGUGGGGCCGCUAAUGUGCCCACCAAUUCUAAACCUUCAAGUGAUGAUGUCACCCAUGAGCUUCUAAAAGCUCUAAUGGAGAAGACCGAUGGAAUCAUGACACAAUCUACUAAGAGAAUUGAUAAGGUUGAGACGGCGGUAGUGGAGGUCACCACGAGAAUGGGGGCUUUGGAGCAUCAAAUGAGUCAAAUUGCCCAAGCCGUGGGCCAACUUCAUCAACCGGGGCAAUUCCCAAGCAACACCAUUCCUAACCCAAAGGAUUGCAAGGCUAUCAAUUUGAGGAGUGGAACAAGCUAUAAGAGCCCCCCUAUGCCCGAAAAGGAAGCUAUUGUGCAACCCGAAGAAGAAGAGACAAUAGAAGUGGAGGCAUCAACGAAGAGCCCACCAAAAGAUCAAGCCGAGACAAUAGUUCCUCCUAAGCCCACGGAAGUUAAACUUCCUUUCCCUCAAAUGAUGCAAAAGAAAAAGAAGGAUGAACAAUUUUCAAGAUUUUUGGAUAUCUUUAGGAAAGUUCAAAUUAACAUCCCUCUUGUUGAAGCACUUCAACAAAUGCCAAGUUAUGCAAAGUUCCUCAAGGAUGUUGUAUCACAAAAAAGGAAAUGGGGGCACUAUGAGACGGUCAACUUGACGGAGAGUUGCAGUGCAAUUAUUCAAAGGAAGUUGCCGGCCAAAAUGCAAGAUCCGGGAAGCUUCACUAUUGAGUGCACUAUUGGAAAUUGCUUUGUGGGGAAUGCCUUGUGCGAUCUAGGGGCUAGCAUUAAUCUUAUGCCAUUGUCCUUCUUCAACAAGUUGAAUAUUGGUAAAUUGAGAUCGACUAGCAUUACUUUGCAAAUGGCGGAUAGAUCGGUGGCAUAUCCCUCGGGCAUAGCAGAAGAUAUAUUGGUGAGGGUGAAUGAGUUCAUAUUCCCCGUUGACUUCGUGGUGUUGGACAUGGAAGAGGAUAGAAUUGUACCUCUUAUUUUGGGAAGACCGUUCCUUGCCACCGGGAAGGCCAUGAUCGAUGUUUCAAAAGGGGAACUUACACUUCGCCUCAAUGAUGAGAGCGUGACAUUUUCGAUAUAUGAGGCCUUAAAGAGGCAUGAUGCGGAACCGGGAGGAAGCCUACAACAUUGCAAUGUUGUGACCGUGAUGGAUGAGUGUGUUGGAGGAGUGGCACCGACCUCUUACUUGGAUGAUCAAUUAGAGAGAUGCAUUUCUCAUUCCAUGUAUUCUUCUCAUUCUUUUGAUGUUUUGGAUGCUAACCCCGAGUUGUUGGAAUUUGUAGGUGCUUUGGACUCGGCUAAAGAAAUCCCUAGAUCACUUCGUCCACAAUUUCUACCUCUUAGGAGUGGAAGUGAAGAUAGCAAUAAAGAUGGGGAAAACAAGAAGCUUGAGUUGAAGCCACUUCCACUACACUUGCGAUAUGCCUUUCUUGGAGGGAAUGACACUUUUCCGGCAUUUGAGAAGCUCAAGGCGGCGUUGGUGAGUGCCCCAAUCUUGAUCUCCCCCGAUUGGUCUCAACCUUUCGAGAUCAUGUGUGAUGCAAGUGAUGUGGCGGUAGGCUCGGCUUUGGGACAAAAGAGAGACAAGAUAUUCCGGGUGAUAUAUUAUGCUAGUAGGACAUUGGAUUCGGCUCAAGCUAACUACACCACUACCGAGAAGGAAAUGCUUGCGGUGGUCUACUCUUUUGACAAGUUCCGCCCUUACCUUAUUGGGGCCAAAACUAUUGUCUUUACUGACCAUGCCGCCAUCCGCCAUCUAUUUGUUAAGCAAGAUGCAAAACCAAGGCUUAUAAGGUGGAUCUUGCUCCUUCAAGAAUUUGAUUUGGAGAUCCGAGAUAGAAAAGGGUGUGAGAAUGUGGUGGCGGAUCAUCUCUCAAGAUUGGAGCAUGCUAGUGAAGAGGAAAAAUUGAAGUUGGUCAUCAAUGAAGAAUUCCCGGAUGAGCAUUUGUUUUAUGUGGCCAAGGGUCAAGUGGCAUGUUAUGCCAAUAUUGUGAACUAUCUUGUUGCUAAGGUGAUUCCCGAAGGACUUGAGGACUAUCAAAAGAAGAAGUUCUUCCACGACGUGAAGUUCUAUUUUUGGGACGAGCCUUGUCUUUUUAGAAGAUGUGCCGACAUGGUGAUUAGAAGAUGUGUCCCUCAAGAGGAGUGGGAGUCCGUUAUUAUGCAUUGCCACACCGCACCUAGUGGGGGGCAUUUUGGAGCUAACCGGACUGCUAUGAAAGUGCUCCAAAGUGGUCUAUUUUGGCCAACCAUCACCAAAGACUGCCAGGACUACGUGAGAAGAUGCAACGAGUGCCAGAGAAUGGGGGGUGUUUCUAAGAAGAAGGAGAUGCCAUUGACGACAAUUGUUGAAGUCGAGUUGUUUGAUGUGUGGGGCAUUGACUUCAUGGGGCCCUUUCCUCCAUCUAGUGGGUUCCAAUACAUUCUACUAGCCGUUGACUAUGUAUCAAGGUGGGUGGAAGCCAUUCCUACCCAAACUAAUGAUUCAAAGGUGGUGAUUAAAUUCGUUCAAAAGAACAUAUUCACGCGAUUCGGCGCACCUCGGGCUAUCAUAAGUGAUGGAGGGUCUCAUUUUCGCAAUAGGUGGCUAGAGGCGGUCUUAGCAAGGCAUGGAGUGAAGCAUCGGGUGACAACUCCUUAUCAUCCACAAGCUAAUGGUCAAACCGAGUUGGCCAAUAGAGAGAUCAAACAAAUAUUGCAAAAGAGUGUCAAUGCUAACCGUAGAGAUUGGGCUCUCAAGCUUGACGAUGCUCUAUGGGCGUAUAGGACGGCUUACAAGACGCCAAUCGGGAUGUCACCUUAUCAAUUGGUCUUUGGGAAAUCAUGCCAUCUCCCGGUUGAAUUGAAGCACUCAUCAUAUUGGGCGGUGAGGCAAAUGAACAUGGACUUCACCAAGGCCGGCAAGGAAAGGAAGCUUCACCUCAAUUUACUUGAUGAAUUUAGGAAUGAAGCCUAUGCUAAUUCCUCAAUCUACAAGGAGAGGAUGAAGACGUAUCACGACAAGAUGAUUGAGAGGCGUGAAUUCCACAAGGGGGAUGCCGUGUUGCUUUUCAACCACAAGUUGAGACUCUUUCCGGGCAAGCUAAAAUCUAAGUGGUCGGGACCCUUCACUAUCAAGGAGGUCAUGAGCAAUGGCACAAUGGAGCUCAAAGGACCCGAUGGAAGCACGUUCAAGGCAAAUGGUCAAAAUCUCAAGAGGUUCUUUACCAAGGAGCAACAAGACGAGGUCUUUGUGGUUGCCUUGAUUGAGUAG